GUUAUUGAAGUGUCGUUUACCUAUCACUGCCUUAAAAUCACAUACCAGGUGAACCGUGCCUGACUCACAUGAGCACAGCUUUAAAAGUCAUCAGGUUUCAGUGAGCUUUAUGUGCAGUGACUUCAAGGCUCCUGCUGCUAAUACAAGUGUUCCCAAGUCAAAGGAUUGAAGAUGCAAGGCAAUGUGCUCUUUGUGAUUCUUUUUCAAAGCCUUUUUCUGGCAAAUGUGUCUCUAGAACCCUCCUCUGAGGAAGACAGCAGCAGUGAGAUCCACCAUGAAAAGCAACAUAAAAGUGGAUCCUAUGGACACUGGAAAUACGAUGAUCAGGACACAUGGUCCUUAGACUUUAAAAACUGCAGUGGCAAAUCUCAGUCCCCCAUCAACAUUGACACCAGAGCAGCCAUAUUCACUCCAUCACUACCUCAGAUUGUUCUGCAAGGAUAUGAUCUGUCAGAUGAAGAGAAACUGACGUUGCACAACAACGGACACACCUUGCAGUUGAGCCUGCCUGACACCAUGCGCAUUGUCAGGGGAUUCGACACUGUGUUUGUGGCCGCCCAGCUCCACUUCCACUGGGGGACCGUAAAGGUUCCAGGAUCAGAACACACUGUCGAUGGGCUCCGCUUUCCUGCAGAGAUCCACGUGGUUCACUACAAUACUAAAUAUGAUAGUGUGUCAGAAGCAGCUAGCAAACCCGAUGGCUUAGCAGUGCUUGGUGCUUUCAUAGAGAUUGGUCCACAAGAAAAUGCCAACUAUGAUAACAUCCUUUCAUCUUUGUCUGAUGUUAGUAUUGAAGAAUCAGAUACAGAGAUUCCUGGCUUUAAUGUUAGGUUUCUGUUGCCACCCAAUCUGGACCACUUUUACCGCUACAAUGGGUCGCUCACCACUCCUCCCUGUUUUCAGACUGUUAAUUGGACUAUCUUUAAUGAUACCAUCAAAGUUUCAAGAAAACAGCUUUCAGAACUUGAGGACACACUGAAAGCCGGGCAUGACACAAUACUAUCCAAGAACUUCAGAGCCCCCCAGUUACUGUAUGGGAGGAGAGUGCUGUCUUCCUUUGAGGCACUCAGCAGUCCUGGUGGGGUGAGCAGUAGAGGUACUCAAGACACUUCAAGUGGAAAAUCCUCAAUGCGAGGUGCCGGACUGGGUUCAGGUGAAGAUUCAUCUGAAAAAGACUUGACAGAUAAAGAUGCAAAGUUUUCCUUGGGCCUAGGUGAGAUAUUAGCUAUUGUCUUCGGGAUUCUUUUUAUAGUGACGUUAUUAUCUUUUAUAAUGUACAUGGUUCAACAGCGAAAGAAAAACUCAAGAUUGAGAAAGGAUAUCAGGCAGAAUGUUAUCUAUACACCUGCAUCCAAGGAAGGGGUAUAACCUGGAGGACCCCAGUUUAAUAUUCAAUUCAGACAGCCAACAAAACCCCUUUGGUGGAAUCUACUUGUCACAUUGAAUGUAUGAUGGUUAAUACUGAUACUGAAGGAAUGUACCAUUUUUAUACUGCAGAUUGCAAUACCACUAAGAUGAUUGCAGAUUUCGUUUUGUAGUUUUAUUCAUACAAUAUAUUUUAUUUAUAUGUAUUGUUACUGUACCAUAAUAGUAUGAUUAUGAAUGGUGUCAGUCGCAUAAUGUAAAGACUUUGUAUCUGUCUAAUGUAUAAAACACUGAUUAUGUAAUACUGUGAAAUGUUUGUGUCCUGUUCAGUGAUGUAGUCGAGACAAAACUCACAUAAUUAAUAGGCAAGCAAAGUCACAUGACUUGCAUCGCCCAUGAUUCAGUCAAUAGUCCUCAUGAUGCAAUGAGAAGAGCAUUAGGAACUUCUACUACAGACUACUUCUUUAAGAAGGCUGAACAUGCUGGUGAAGACGACAGCAGCAGUGCACAGACUUCGACUGUGGACACAAAUAAAGCUACUGAAUCACUGACACAAAGCAUUGACAAGUGAAAGAAAAUUAGAUAGCAUUACCUAUUAUGUGUAUUUCUAGAAGUUCAGUAUACAAAUUAAAUGAAUUCGUCUAAUAAUUCUUGUUUAAGAAAAUCAGUAGUUCAGUGGCGUUUCGGUAUCUUCAGUUUUAGGACUAUACCACUCGUCCUGUUUACUUAUUUGGCAACUCCGUGACACAGUAGGUUCUAUAUUAAUUAUAUAAACAGUGGCAGACUCAAAUACAGCCGUCCUUUAACUUUGCUAAUCCUGCUGCUGUUCUCCCCCAUAUACAACAAACUUAGACAAGAGGUCUGUCAUGAACCUUGAUUGAGAUAAAGAAAUAAGUGUGAAUGUCUCCUUUCAAUUCAUAAUGUUUGGUCCUCCCACCUUACUGUCUUUGAACUAAAACAUCUGUUCGGAGAGGAAAGGCCAGAUUGCAGUUAUGGCAAGCGAUGAAAAAGUAGAACAUAUUUCAAAGCUAGAAAUUCCUAUGGAAAGAGAAAGAUUGUGGUCAAGUUACAGUAGCUCUCAAAAGUAUUCACCCCCC